AUGCUAGACUUGAAGGACGAGAAGGAUAUAUUCCUUCUGAAAUACAUUAUCUGCACGGACUGCAAAGAAAUCCAAGUCCCAGACGAUCGUCCUGCGUUGAACAAGAAUGCCAAAGGCCCUUUGCCUGCUCCUACCACCAAGCGUAGCAAGCUUCGCCGGACUCUUCAUCACCACAAAGCUCCCAAUACCUAUCAAGAUGCCCCUUUCUUCGAGAACCCUUGCCCUUUGUGUUUCUUUAGACGGUGUCGAAAAGUACUGAGAAAGUGGAUGCGCAAACAGAAGAAACCUUUUUCGGCUAUCACGGUUCAGAUUGACCGCCUAACUAGCGAACAAUACGAGGAAAAUGAUAUUGGUGGACUUCCAGACCUCAUCGAGGUUAUCCGGAUCCAAGACUCUGGUCCCACGGAAGCGGCCCGAGCCAUUCGGAAGAAGCUUAAGUAUGGAAACGUACACCGCCAGCUCCGGGCGUUGAUCAUCUUGGAUGGGUUGAUACAAAAUGCGGGCUCGAGAUUCCAAAAAGGCUUUGCAGAUGAACCGCUUUUGGAAAGGCUCAGGUUGAUGGCCAAGGAUGAGAUGGUCGACAGGGAAGUACGCGACAAGGUCAACGUGCUCUUCCGUCAAUGGGCUGUUGCAUACAAGGGAACUCCAGGUUGCGAGCGAAUUGCUACGCUCUACAAGGAAAUACCCCGGACCAAGCGACCACAACCUCAUCAAUCUCGUGUUGUCCGGGAGAACGAUGCAGAGGCUGAGCGUGAGAACGCUUCCUCACCUCCAGCGUCGCCAAUAACGCACCGACGGAAUUCACCACCUUCCCACUUCCCACAGGCAUCUUCUUCAUCCGGACGGACAGUCGCCCUAGGUAGUGCUCCUACGCCCAGCUCUUCGCUGUUCAGUAAAAGCAAGAAAGACAAGAAGAACAAGGGCAAGGCGUUCAACCUGGAAAGGGAGAAGGGCCAAUUGCUUGAGACCAUUGCGUCGGCCACCGUUGCGAGCAACAGUCUCAUGAAUGCCCUCCAGCUCAUCAACCGUGAGGUGCAGCGCGUCGGCGACAACGCAGAAGUCAGCCAACGAUUCGAGAGCUGCAAGCUCAUCCGACGUCAGAUCUUGAGAUACAUCCAGCUCGUGGAAUCGGAGCAGUACAUUGGCAGCUUAUUGAACGCGAAUGAUGAGCUUGUAAAAGCCCUAAUGGCAUAUGAGAUCAUGGACAAGAGCAUAGACGACGACAGCGACAGCGACAAUGAGGACUCAUCGGCACCUAGCUCGUCAAUGGCUGGCUUGAGCAUGGAGGAAGCACCGCCAGCCAAACCGCCGAGGCCAGCCAGUAUUCCUAUGCCACCACCUAGCAAGCAACCUAUUGAGCCUGAGGAGGAUGACGAUGAUCCGUUCGGCGAUUCGCAUGCGGUGAAGACUCCCUACGAACGCAGUGAGCCCACGUGGAGGGAUGUGUAG